AUGCGUGUAGCAGUGAUAGGUGCCGGAGCAUCAGGACUAUGUGUGGCUCGUCAUCUCACUGCCAACGUCAAUUUCUCCUGCAUAGUGUAUGAGCAAACAGGAAAUGUCGGAGGUACCUGGGUAUAUACUGAAGCUACUGGCACUGAUGAGUUUGGUCUUCCCAUUACUUCAUCCAUGUAUAAAAAUCUCAGAACAAAUGCUCCAACAAUGAUCACGCAGUUUCCAGACUUUCCGUUCAUAAGCGAGAAUACUUUCACGGAUGCCUCAGAGGUUUUACACUACCUUGAAGAUUACUGUGAUCACUUCAAUUUGAAGGAUCAUAUCAAAUUUUUUCACAGUGUGAAAUGUGUGAAGCCUGAGAAAGACAAGUGGCAUGUGGUUUCAGUUGAUCUUCUAAGGAACAGAGAAUAUGUUGAUUAUUUUGAUGCCGUUGCUGUCUGUAUUGGCCACUUCAGUGUACCCAAAGUCCCAGAUUUACCAGGGAUAACAAGUUUCCAAGGUGAAGUAUUUCACAGCCACAGUUAUAGAGUCCCGGAAGUGUUCAAAGAUCAAACUCUGUUGGUGGUCGGAGCAGGUUUCUCUGGCACCGAUGUCACGUUUGACACAUCCAAAUUUGCAUCUAAGGUAUAUCUUAGUCACAGAGCAGCCAAGUUAGGCCUGUUCUCUGAUAAUGUCGAGGAGGUUCCACUUGUCAAAGAGGUUCUCGGCGACCAUGUUAUCUUUGACGAUGAUACAACUUCCGAACACAUUGAUGUCAUAAUUUUAUGCACAGGUUACAUUUACUCGUUUCCGUUCCUCUCUCCUGAGUGUGGCAUCAACAUUGUUGAUGGAAAUUAUGUUGAGCCGUUGUACAAACAUGUAAUCAACAUUAACCAUCCCACCAUGGGCUUCAUCGCUCUUACUCGCAGGACAUUCACCUUUCCUCUGUUUAAUCAACAGGCUUUGUUUUUUGUCAAGUCUCUCAAAGAGUUUCAACUUCCAUCCAGAGAAGAAAUGCUGGCUGACCUAAACAGUUUUAUUAAAGAAAAGCAAGAUCGAAAUUUACCCAUGACAACAUAUCAUGAUUUGUAUGAUGAGCUGAAGGAUUAUAUGGGCCAGUUGGAGAAAAUGGCUGGACUCAAACCUCUCUCGCCAAUAUACUACAACUUAUUUUAUGCUCUGAUAGCCUUGAGUAAAAUUUGUCCCAAAGAUUAUAAAAAUGCUGUUGUUAAAGUUGUCAAUGACUAUGACUUUGAAAUUUCUGGUGUUGAUGCUGAUAAAGAAGAACUGAUAAGAAACAAGUACCAUGUUGUGCCUGGAAAUCAAGAUUAA